CCUGACAGUAAAGUCGUGUUUUCAACACAGUUAUAUAACAUUCCAAGUAUUUCGCAGAGGUUGGUUGUAAAAAUGACCAAAAUUUACUUAAAUGUUGGUAGGGAUAUCAAUGCCUAAAUCUACGCCUGUUGUUUGGUUCCAGAAACGCAUUGAUGUCAUUGUGUUUCUAAUCCAAUCGUUUGAGAAGGGUUCUCGAGAAGGUUAUAGGCUUGGUGUAGUUUUGCAUAAGAGAGCACACAUGAUCCAAGAAUGAAAGGACAGCAAGUAUUUUAUCUACUUAUCCAAGCUGUUCUGCUGUAUGAGACUUUGGCAUGGGAAGUGAGAAUGCCAACAGAAAUUCAUGGCCUCAAAGGUUCCUGUCUGGUUAUACCGUGCUCUUACUCUUACACUUCAAACCCACCAACUAACCCACGUAGAGUUGUGUGGUAUCAGUGGGUCUCUCGUGGUUACCCUUUAGUUUGUGAUCCCUUAAAUCCAGACAGUGUCAUUGACAAGUUCAGAGGAAAAACUGAUUUGUAUAACCCUACAAACUCAGAUUGGGAUUGUAGUCUGCUGAUCAAAAGCGUGGAUUUGUCUCACAAUGGAGAAAGAUUACAUACAUGGAUUGACCCAGAAAAUAUUGGAUGGCGCACCUAUGAAUUUUAUGACGUCACCUCCACGAUUAUUGUUGACACAAAUCCACAGCAGCCCAUCAUUAAUAUUUCUGGAGGUUUAAAGAUCGGUGACAGCAUUACAGUAGCGUGUUACACCUACCACACCUGUCCAUACAGCAAACCAAACAUCAUUCUGAACGGUAUUGAAGGAUCUGAUGUAAUAGAUGACGUCCUUAUGGAAAAUGGUCAAUGGAAAACCACUCGGACACGCACUGGUGUUGUGAAGGCUGAACACUCAAAUAUUGAGUGUACUGUAACACAUCAUGGAGGCAUAACAGCAAGAGCUACAAAAUGUGUUCUGCCGUGUGAGACUUUGGCAUGGGAAGUGAAAAUGCCAACAGAAAUUCAUGGCCUCAAAGGUUCCUGUCUGGUUAUACCGUGCUCUUACUCUUACACUUCAAACCCACCAACUAACCCACGUAGAGUUACAUGGUAUCAGUGGGUCUCUCGUGGUUACCCUUUAGUUUAUGAUCCCUUGAAUCCAGACAGUGUCAUUGACAAGUUCAGAGGAAAAACUGAUAUAUAUAGGCAUAACAACUCAGAUCAAGAUUGUAGUCUGCUGAUCAAAAGCGUGAAUUCGUCCCACAAUGGCGAAAAAUUAUAUACAUGGAUUGACCCUGAAAAUAUUGGAUGGCGCACCUAUAAGUUUUUUGAUGUCACCUCUACAAUUAUUGUUGACUCAAAUCCACAGCACCCCAUCAUUAAUAUUUCUGGAGGUUUAAAGACCGGUGACAGCAUUACAGUAGCGUGUUACACCUACCACACCUGUCCAUACAGCAAACCAAACAUCAUUCUGAAGGGUAUUGAAGGAUCUGAUAAAAUAGAUGAUGUCGAUAUCAAACAUGGUCAAUGGAAAAUCACUCUGACACGCACCGGUGUUGUGAAGGCUGAACACUCAAAUAUUGAGUGUACUGUAACACAUCAUGGAGGCAUAACAACAAGAGCUACAAAAUCACAAAGUGCCAAAUGUGUCUAUUCUAGUAUAACCAUUGAGCCUAAACAGGCAGCAGAUAUCAUAGAGGGUGUUGAUAUGAACUUCACUUGUACCGUCCACCAUUCCUGCCAGACGAAUCCUCCGAUCCUCUCCUGGAACUAUGAGAACAUGUCGGUCAAUUAUGAUACAAAACAACUUACAGGGUUUGAAUGGGCCACCUUUUCCACCAUAAAAUUUUUGGGGGAAAAGAAAGAUGAUGGGAAGAAAUUAAUCUGCACUACAAAUAUUUCUGGACAGAAGAUCACAGCAUCUGUCGACUUACAUGAACAACAUUCUUCAAAACCAGUGACUCCAGUCCAGAGUAAAUCUGUUUCCCAGAAUGAACCUGAUGUGAUGACCUUUGACUUGAAGACAAUUGGGCUUUACAGUCUAGCCUUCUCAUUUGCUUUGCUUCUCAUUUGCAUAUUUGCUGGAGUCAUCAUAUACAAGAAGUGUAACAGGUCAAAUGAGCUGUAUGCAUCAUCAGCAGAUGAGACUGAGUCAGAUGAGAUUUUUAAACCCGGUAACCAUCACCAAAGAGUUAGUGAAAAUUCUGCACUAUUCAACUUGGAAGACCUCAACAUUUAUGGAAACGUCAAAUAAAAAUGUUCCAUAUCACCUGCAAAAAGUGCCCAAUACAGUGUUUGAAACAGAAAAAGUCAAACAUAUAUUUUAAUUAAUAUAAAAAAA